CGUGAGGGCCAUCAGGUGCUCGGCUUCUAUUGGAGAGCCAAGGACGGCCCCCGAAUCCAGGAAGAGCACCUGCUUCCAUAAGGCAGUCAGGGGCCGGGAGGGCCCCACCCAGUCUUGUGUUUGCCCUGCCCUGUGUAUUCAGCCAGCAGGCCCCGGACGAGGAAGCAAAAGGCGGGGAGCCCCACUCAGUUGACAGCCUGCUACUAGGCAGUACCAGCUGGAGACAAGGUACCCUGCGCAGGAGCGGCUCCAGGUGACACCAGGGAACUGAGGACGCUCUCACCAGGGGCUCGGCAGGAACAAUGGGCAACCAAAUGAGUGUUCCACAAAGAGCUGAAGACCAAGAGAAUGAUUCAGAAUCAGACAUUUACAAGGUGUCACCCGGAGGUGAGCGUGUUCAAAACGGGAUGAUCAUAUCGACCUACACGGUUCAACUAUACGACGAAGUCGAUUUGGGAAUAAGUGUCAAGGAGGAUAAUGUGGCCACUUCUUCCCCCAAGACAAUGGAGAUAAGCACUGCCCUGGGGCCCAACGGACAGAAUCUUGGGAAAGAGGCCAAGCCCGAGGCACCAGCUGCCAAAUCUCGUUUUUUCGUGACACUCUCUCGGCCCGUACCAGGGCGUACCGGAGACCAAGCCACGGAUUCAUCCACUGGAUCAGUGAAGCUUGAUGUCAGCUCCAGUAACGCUCUAGGGAACAAAGAACCGAGUGAGAACAUGGCCCUUCCGGUAGCAGCUGCAAGGGGCCACGACCCAGAUAAAACCCCCGGCCAGACCCCGGCCCAACACGAGGGCUUCUCUGCCACUUGGGAACCAGCGCCUCUCCUAUCUGAGUCAGAGGGAGCAGCCCCCUCCAAGCCUAAGGACUCCAGCUUUUUUGACAAACUCUUCAAACUGGACAAGGGACGGGAAAAGGCACCCAUUAACCACCAACAGGAAGCCAAGCUUGUGGAGCGUCAGGGCCAGUCUGACGAAAUUCCUGGAUUAUUGGGGCAGCCCGAUGAUGCACCUGCGGAGAGGGACAUAGUUGAAGCCAAGGGCAAAGGAGGACGGGACACCACGCCCGUGGGUUGUGAUAUCCCCGGGGACUCGGGAGAACUGGAGACCACGAAGGAGGACCUCCAGACCUCAGACAUACCCGAGAAUAACAACUCCAUCAUGAGCUUCUUUAAAACGCUGGUUUCACCUAACAAGACUGAAGCAAAAAAAGAUCUGGAAGACACGGCAUCCAAGAUAGAAAGUGUCUGUGAUGGACAAGCUGGACAGCAGACUUCCGAGAUCCAGGCCAAAGGCACCAAGAAGAAACACCUGCAUAGCCCCAGGCUAGGACUCACCUUUAGAAAAUUCUUUAGGCAUAAGAGUGCUGAAAAGGCACCGGCCACUUCUGACAACCUCAAGUCAGACAAAGCCAACUUCGUACCCCAGGAGACCCAAGGAGCAGCCAAGAAUCCUACAUCCCCCGAAACAGCCAAGGAAGGAGCCAAGGAAAAGGGGGGACCCACCUCUCUGCCUCUGAGCAAACUGUUCUGGAAAAAGUCAGUUAAAGAGGAUUCGGUCCCCACAGGUGCAGAACACAAUGUGGUGUGUGAAUCACCAGUAGAGGUUAUAAAGUCCGAGGAAGUAAACUCAGCCUUACAAACAGUGGAUCUCAAUGAAGAGAGAGAUGCCACAGCAGAACCCACAGACGUCAAACUCAAGAGAGAAGACCGCAAUCCCCCGAGGACCUCCUUGAUGACACUUCUCAGACAAAUGUCAGUGAAAGGGAAUGGAGGGAUCACCCACUCAGAAGAAAUAAAUGGGAAAGACUCCAGCUACCAAACAUCAGACUCCACGGAGAAGGCCAUCACGCCACCAGAGCCGGAGCCAGUGUUAGCCGUCCAGAAGGGCAAAGAGGGCUCCGCGAAGGACAAGAAGGCGACGGCCGAGAUGAACAGGAAGAAGAGCAACAAGCCGGAAGCCAAAGAACCGGCCCCGUGUGCCGAGCCGGCUGUGGUGGAGGCCAACUCCCUGCAGGGUGGGAACAAGCCCCCGAAGAGACCCGAGAAGCGGCGGCCGUCCCUCGGGGGCUUCCUCAAGGGCCUGGGACCAAAGCGGAUGUUGGAUGCUCAAGUGCAAACAGACCCCGUAUCCAUUGGACCAGUUGGCAAAUCCAAGCAAGAAAAUUUAAGCCUCAGCAGACUCAAGAAAAUGAAUUAUUUGGGGAACUCUGAAUCCAGUUGUAGCCUAAGAAGAAAACUACAACUCUAUUUUUUAAUUUUGUGUGCAGAGAGAAGUGUGUCUUCUCCAAUGUCAAGAAGAAGUGGCCUUUCCCAAGAAUUGAGCUAUUGAGCUGAAAUGGCCGCCAUUGGGAAAACAAAAAGCAAAAAAACUCUGCUUUCCAGUUCCAGCUGACGGUGACUUUUGACUGAUACGCAUAUAUGAAUUCGUUGAAAAGUGCAGUUGUUCUCAGCAGCCAUUAAAUCCCUGUGAAUUCAUUAUUUUGGGGAAGGGGACACAUGCCCAAAGAAAUGCCAAAAAGGGAAGAGAAAGAGAAAGAAAGUGAAGUUCCUGUGUUUUUGGUGUAUCCCCUGCUCUUUAAACAAAUUAUCAGGGAUUUACACACACACACACACACACACACACACACACACACACACACACACACACACACACACACUGUAGCUGGAUUGUCCUUGUUUGUUUGCAAACAGUCCAGAUUUAAAUUAGAUUCCAAGAGGCUACAAUCCGUCUGCUGGCUCUUUCAGGAGUCCCGCGGGGCUGGCUGCCUCUACACACUGGACCUGACAACUGUCAUUUCUUACAUCAGACAGUCCCGAAUUAAUCUUCCGCUUUAAAAAAUAUAAUCAGCUAGCCUACCUUCCUUCAAGAGAAGGAAAGUGACUUCAAUUAUUAGCUCACCCAUGUUGCAAACACAGAGAAUGCGCUUUGCAGAAACGUAAGAUGAUAAGGGUUGCUUUUAACCAUCCUCCCAAGGUCUCUUUUUAAGCCUUUAAAAAAAAAAAAAAAAGACAGUUCUCACAGUGAGUAGAAUUAGGCUCCUCUGCGGUCUAGACCUUGUUCACUCUAUCAGUGAAACUAAAGUGGCCCUGACCCACUGGAAAGUACAGGCUCCAUUCGGGAGAAAAGAAAUUAGUUACUGAGCAGCAAAUUCUGUAAAUUUGUAAUUCAGAUCUUUAGCGCGGGCCUGAAUGCCGGUGAGGAUCCAGCCCUUUGCAUAAAUUGGUUUUCUGGGAAGCUUAACCCUUUCGCUUCUGUUUCUCUUCCCCAGAAAGCUACUCAUUCCAGCCUCUCCAUCCCCUGGCCCUUUAAUGAGCCACAGCAGCCGCAGCAACCCAAGCAACUUCACAGAAAUAAGAGUAAUAAUAAUAAUAAUAAUGCCUUAGGUUAUCACACACGUCACAGUUUAUAGAAUGCUUUUUGAAUGCAUUAUUUAGUUUAAAGCUGUAUGCCCCUAACUGAACUUAAUUACUUCCUUUGUUACAUUUUAUUAUGAGGGGAGGGGCAUGCACCUGUAGGGCUUUUUUUUUUUUCCUCAAAGGAUCACUUCUUGACAAAAUGGCCCCCAGCUGCCUUUCUGACAAAGAUGGCCAUUGAAGGAGCUCACUGCUUACGUGAUUGACUCUCAUGAAGGAUGUUUUUGUUUAAAUCUGGCCACAUGGGGGAGUUCCAGGACCUGGGGUCCUACAAUCCCCAGCCAGGCCCUUUUCUCUGAUUGUGGAACUGGGAGGUUGGGCUGAAGCAGCUCUUACGAAUGUUUGUUGAUGAACUUCUAGAAAGUGGUCAAGUUCAAUGAAGAGAGCUAGAGCAAGAGGGCAAACUGCUAUGCUCCAUCGCCCUCAUGCUCACAGCAACUCCACAAAGUAGGUACUAUUACUAACCCAUUGUUCAGGAAGGACACUUAAAGGUUAAGUCACUUGCCUUCUAGUUGACUGUGAAAAUAUGAGAGGUAAGGCUUCUUCAUGGAGCAUGAUGGACUGGUAAGGAUAACUUAAAUGCUUUGCAAUGGCACCAACUUAAAUUUUUGCAAUCACAUUAUCCUUCCAUAAGCUUCUCCCACGACUGGGUUGAUAGGAAUGGAAACACAAACCAACUUUAUCUUUUUUUUAGGGAGUUGGGAAUCACAGGAGGCAUGGACAUAGUAGAGACAUAAUAAAUAUUGGUGGAAUGGAUAAAUUAACUGAUAGAGAAACAUUCUAUGGCCAUGUCCACUAGGAAGUCAUUUGCCUCUAGUAUGAGUUUAUUUUAGCCCAGUGUUUGGUCACUCUCAUCAGACAUUCCUCCUCCCCAGGUGGCCAGCCCAGCGGGGCCAGCCCCAUAGCAAUCAACUUCAGAUCAAUAUCAGCACACCUGAAACUAGGUAGAAAUGCAAAUUCUUGAGCCCCACUCAGGACAAAAAUGCUGGGUGUGGGGCCUAGCAAUCUGUUUUAGCAAGCCCUCCAAGUGGCUCUGAUCCACAAAAAAAUUUGAAAGCCACUGAUCUAGGUACAGCUACCACUUCAAUGAGCAUCGAGUGAAAAAGACCAGCCCUGAAGAUGCAAAGACAGCAGCUAACAUUGGACCUGACUGUAUGCCAGGUAUUGUGAGUCACAUGAAUUACCUUGUUUUCUGCCCAUUUUAUAGAUGAGGAAUCUAAGGCUCAGAGAGGAAAAGCAACUUUGCCCAAGGUCACACAUGGCAGAGCCAAGGUUGAAACUCAGCCUAAGCUCUUCAAGGCAUGUUUUCAUGUUUGUGGGAGAGACAGGCAGACAAAGAGACAAUAAUAAUAUGAUGUAAGAGCAGUAAAUGCAGGGCGUUGUGGAACUCAGAGGAAGAUGCUGCCACAAGACCACAGGGGAUGGAAAUU